AUGAAUGGCGACGUCGGCGACAAUGAGACAUGGAUUCCUUGUAACAAACUUGGAAUUACACAGGCAGGCGUAUUCUCUAGCUGCUGUAUGCUGGACGGGCCGUCUGAAUCGCGGGAUAUCUGUGACAAAAGUGGUUUUUGCAUCAACUCAGAAGGCCAGUUUCGCACAGGUCUCUGCACCGACAAAACUUGGAAAUCAAAGACUUGCGUUCAGGCAUGCAGCAACCAGGGGGGUGGAGCCGAUGUAUCCGACAUGGGGUUUCUGACCCCGUGCGAUCGGAAUUCUUCCACGUUCUGUUGUGGAAAAGACGACAUCUCGUGCUGCAAUAGCGAUCUCGCCGUCACGAUAGGUAUACAAGAGUCGGUGUGCACGGCCUCAGAGCCCACUCCCAACACCAGCAGCCAGAGGGCCUUCACACAGGCUGCUAUCGGUAUCGGAGUUGCGGCUGGUAUCAUUCUCAUGGUCGAAGCUCUUUCUGCACAGUGGCUUUGGAGGCAAAACCGAUGGAUCAAGCUCCAGAUGGUCCAGUCUUCAGGGACAAUUCCGCCUACAGAGCUUCAGACCCUGAUGCAAAACUCUAACAAAUCGCGACCAGACGGCUCGAAGGGCUGA